AUGGCGUCGCUCUUCUCUCCUUUCCGCAGCACAUACCGAUAUCUCCAAUAUGCGGCACACGAGCACCCGGUAGUCUUCUUCUCGAUCGUCAUUGGUUCAGUGGGUCCCGUGGCUGUCGUCGCCGUGCCACCUAUCCGCAAAGCGUACGGCUGGAAGCCCGCCGAGAAGGUGCCCACAUCGUACCCUCUUCCGGCUCGUGCACGUCAAGAGAUCACCGCGUACGAUGACGAAGAGUAA